AGCAGUACUGAGCAGUACGCAACUGUCUCGAUCAGGUGGUGAGACACGUCGUCACACGUCGUCGAGACACGCGGACGAGAUGUCACGCAGGGCGAUCAAGGCGAUCAAUUGGUCGGCACUUGCCGAAAAAAUUCCAGAAACGGAAAAAACUGCAUUCGCCUCUUUCAAAGCUAAAUCUGAUCAGUACUUGCGACGAAUGAACGCGAAUCCAGAAGCUCCUCCAAAAAUCGAUUGGACGUAUUAUAAGAAGAAUAUUCCGAUAUCUGGAUUAGUUGAUAAAUUUCAAAAGGAAUACGAAUCUGUCAAAGUACCAUAUCCAGUGGAUAAAUAUACCUCUGAGAUUGAAACGGAAGAAAAGGAAAUGCAUGUCAAAAUCGAGGAAUUUAUUGCCGAGUCGAAUCAACGCAUCACUACUGCCAACAAGGAAAUCGAUAGAGUGAAAAAUUUAUUGCCAUUCUCUGAAAUGACGAUGGAAGAUUUUCGUGACGCUUAUCCGGAAUUAGCUUUCAAUCCUGAUAAACCUACAGUUUGGCCGCAUAUACCUGAAGUACAGCCAGAGAAUGACCCAGGACCACCUGCAGAGCAUUAAUACUUUGUAAUGCGUUCAAAUGUGAAGCGUAGUCAUAUUCUUUUUAGCAUAUGAUUUUGGACUGCGUACAAAGUCGGAAAAAAAUUAUCCUUUAUUUGGGGUUACUCUGUCAUAUGUAUUCAAAAAUAUAUAAGUUUAACUGCAUAA